AUAUCAGACUGGGUUGCUCUCUGGACUCCUCCUGAAACAAACUUUUAUAAUCUACCAUACCCAGGACAAACAAUUAUCGGAAAAUCUUUUAAAUCUCCACUUUUCCCAGACAAAAUUUUAUUUCAACACUUUGUUCCAUCCGAUUUUACGAAUGAUCCACGGUCUCCAUCAAAAAAACAGAACAUUUUUGUAGCUUGUACUGGCUGCACUUUUAAUAAUGAACCACAAU